AUGGCGAUGGAGGCUGUCCUCUCCUUGGUGAGGGAGUGCCCGCACGAAGGCUCGCCGAUAGCACUCUCCCACCACAUCAGCACCGUGCAUCCCAUGCAUGUGCAUAGGAUCCAGUUCGGCAAGGUGCUCCAGCUGCAAGUGCCAGUGUCGGAGCCACGACUCUUGUUGUUCGCGGAGGAGGACGGCCGCGCGUUUUUCUUGGUCGGCGGCGUGCUCGACAUCGGCGCGCCUAUCACCGUGUUGGUCGUCUACAUCAGAGCGGGGGCGUCCCCACUGCCGCACUACACGGCCAAGCUGUGGGCGAAUGGCCCACCGGGGGUGCCCAAAGGCAGGACCGACACUGUCAAGGUGGAAAUCGAGGUGACAAGCAGCAAGGAUCCAGGCGACGUCGACGUGCAGGAGCUGGCGUUCUUAACAGUUCCGCCCAUGAUGCUGGCUGGGGCUGGGUUGUCGAGGACGGUGUCCCUCCACAUUCAGAUUGACAAGCUCACCUCCUAA